AUGAUGGUUGCGCCUGCCACGACCUCGCUGGACAAGAUCCGUGCUCAAUUAGUCGCCCUGCGAAACGAGAAUAGACUCAUUGCAGAGGAAGCAAAACAAGCAGCCGAGCAGCGGCAGUGGGAGAAACUGGUGAAAGAGCAAAAGGAGCAAGACUUGCUUCGUGUAGGAAUCAGCCUGACGCACGAGAAAACGCGAGACGACUCUCUCACAAAGCUCAUCCAGAGGGAGUAUUCACGCCUAAACAAGCCAAAUGAUGCCUUUCGCGUCGGCAAAGAAGUCGUUGACGGGGUUGCGCAGCGGUCCUUUCUGCUGCACGAGAGACGAUUCAAGGACGCCGAUGACGUGCUUCGAAAGAACGGAAAUGUUACUGAUACUCGCCGCUAUAUGGCGCUAGCUUUUUCGUCAUUGCCCGAGCAAAGGGCUCAUUUAGUGGAGGUUCUGAAGCGCAUGCAGGCACAAUGGGCAGCGGAGUGCGAGAAGCUUACCAAAGCAUCUGACCCCAUACAAAGCUCUUCUAACAAUAUCAACGCUACAGUUGAGGCCAGCUCAAAUGCGGUAUCGCAACUGGCAUGGUUGACGGUGCUCGAGGGGCUACCAGAUGAGGACAUUCGUGCACUCUGGGAAGCCGACAUACUCGAUGCAGAGACGCUGUUGUCUUUGCUCUCUGAGCCUUCGUCAGAUACACCUUCGCCGACAGAGAGCAGUGUUGUGCCGGAGCGCACUCGAAGCGACGGGGACCAAGGCACUUCCGACGAGGAUGCACCUGCUGAUCUGCUUUUCGAUGAGAAGAUCAAGUAUGUGCAGCAGCUACACUAUCUGCAAGAGAUCACAAAUACUAUUCGGGAGACGGAGCUGGGUGAUGUGCCGCCGAUUGACCUGGCACCGACGAUUGUGAAGGCGAAACGGCGUCAAUUCGAUAACGUCACAGAAGACGAGCUCCGUCAGCUCGAGCAGUACGAAGAGUCCGCAGUCAUGCACCUUCCUCUGAAAGAGCCGUUUCCCUCUACAGGCGAAUCACAGGCGGUGAAGGCUGAACCGUGCAAUGUCUGUGUUCCCGCUGCAAUGCUCGAGCGUGCCCUUUUCCCCUCCAAUUGCUUUUUGAAUGCAGUGGCGCAGAAGGACGCCGCGCUGCGGCGCUCUUUGGAGCGGAUGGAGCGAAUCAAGCGAGAGACGCUGCUCGAUCCGGAGUUUCAAGAGGCGGUGCGUUUUGCGCACGCCGUGGAGGAAGCAUCUGUGGCGCCCCAUCUUCGUGGAUGGGGCAGAAGCGACGGUGACGACGGUGAUGACAGCGGUGAGGAAAACGGCGCGCCACUUCGGGCCACUCGCCGCACAGUAUCGAAGCGCGAGAAGCGGGCGGCUCGCAGCCACCAGCUGCGAGGCCCCAUGGCGCGCUCACCGUACUCGCCAGAAGUAAUACCGUAUUUUUAUAAUGAUAUGCGCAGCAUAGUUCCACCGCGUGGGGCAUUUAACCUGCCGGACCCAGCGCCGACGAAGGCCGAGCGUGCCGCACUACGUGGCCGUCGGCGCCGUGCGCGAAAAGGAGCGCGCUACAGCAAAUGA